AUGGCUUCUCCACAGCAACUUCGCACCACUGUCACCGAUCUCUUGAAGAUCAACCACCCCGUCCUCCUCGCCGGUAUGAACGUCGCUGCUGGCCCCGAGCUGGCUGCCGCUGUUACAAAUGCCGGCGGUCUCGGUGUGAUCGGUGGUGUUGGCUAUACACCUGAGAUGCUCAAAGAACAAAUCUCCGAGCUCAAGAGCUUUCUCAAGGACAAGAAUGCGCCAUUUGGUGUUGACUUGCUUCUGCCUCAGGUCGGAGGAAAUGCGCGGAAGACCAACCACGAUUACACCAAGGGAAAGCUGAACGAACUCAUUGACAUAAUCAUUGAAAGCGGCGCCAAGCUCUUCGUCUGUGCAGUGGGUGUUCCACCCAAAGCUGUAGUUGAGAAACUGCACAAGGCCGGCAUUUUGUACAUGAACAUGAUCGGACACCCCAAGCACGUCAAGAAGUGCCUUGAGCUUGGCGCCGAUAUCAUCUGCGCCCAAGGUGGUGAGGGUGGUGGGCAUACUGGUGAUGUCCCCACCACCGUCCUCAUCCCUACCGUGGCCAAGUUGGUCCAGGGUCACAAGAGCCCUCUCACCGGCCAGCCCGUGCAGGUCAUCGCGGCUGGUGGUCUCUACAACGGCCAGUCCGUUGCUGCUGCGCUGAUGCUCGGCGCCUCCGCCGUCUGGAUUGGAACUCGUUUCAUCCUGUCUGAUGAGGCUGGUGCACCGGAGGCUCACAAGGAGGCCGUCCAGACGGCUGGAUUCGAUGAUAACGUCCGCACCAUCAUCUUCACGGGCCGUCCUCUGCGUGUCCGUAAUAACUCUUAUAUUCAGAACUGGGAGGAGAACCGUGCACAGGAAAUCAAGGAGCUCACAGCAAAGGGUAUUAUCCCCGUGGAGCACGACUUUGAGAAUCUUCCAGAUGACGUUGACGACGAGACGUUGGAUAAUGCUCGUCCAUUCCUUAUGGGCAAGGUUGCCGCUGUUGUCAAUGAGAAGAAGCCUGCCAAGGCUAUUGUUGACGAACUCGUCACUGAUGCUGUUGCCUGGCUGCAGAAGGGUAACAAGCUGAUCGCGAAGCUGUAG